AUGUCUGCACCUCCCGACAUCCUCCGUCCAAGUACCCGCCCAGGGGCCACCUCCCCCUGCGCAACCCUGGAGGUGGGUGCCCCCGUCACAGCCAUCCAACCCUCACCUUUGAGCCCGUCCUCUGCAUUUGGUCAUACACCCAACCGCCAUGUCCUGGCAACGUUUGUGGAGCUCUUUGUGGAGUCUAGCAAGCGUGCACUCCAAAUGACUGGCAACCACAUGGUAUACGUCCAUGGAAAGAGCAAUCCAGUCAGAGCAGACUCCAUUCAAGUUGGAGACAGCCUGCUUGGCAAGAACAAUGAACCAUUGAAAGUGACCAAGAUCCGUGAAACACAAAAGAAAGGAAUCUACGCUCCUCUGACAAAGAGUGGUACGAUUGUAGUCGACAAUAUUCUUGCUUCCAAUUACAUCUCCCUGCAGGACAAUGCGGCAGAAUAUGUCGAAUUAUCAUUCCUCCCCAAAGUCCUCUCCCAUCAUGCUCUUUCGCAUCUUUGGAUGGCACCAUUCCGCUUGUUAUGUUCGACGACAUCCACGCAGUUUUGCGAGAGUGUCAAUGAGAACGGACUCUCCCAGUAUGCCGCCUUUGGAUUCCAGUUUGCAGAGUGGGGACAAUCUCAAAACAUCCUUGUGCAGAUCCCGUUCCUGAUUGCAACAGUUGUGGUCCUUGCCCUGUUUGCCUUGAUGGAGGUUGUCGUAGGUCUCCCAAUGACAUCCCUCGCCCUUCUUGCAAGUGGUGUCGGCCUCUCGUAUAUGACAAGAGGAUUGCACGCUAGCUUCACUAUUGGCGCAAGCACCAAGCAAAAAGUAGCAUAGAAAGGGGCAGAAGCUAGUCCACAUUUUAAAGGUACUGUAAUACACAACAUUGCAUGAUUG